CAAAAUUACUUAUCACAUUAAAGUACUGCCAGUCUCACUACUGUCUCACAGGCCGCUAGCUUUUGGUACCAUGUCCGCCACUCUAGAAAAAGCCAGAGACACCGUUGCAGACCUUGUCAAGCUUGAUAUUCUCUCAGCUACGACUCCGGCCUUCGACAAUGAUAUCACCCGGAAGCAAAUAGCGAGAACAUUCAUUUCGGACACAAUAACAGUGCCAACAAAAGAAAUGUACGCAUAUGCAACACUUUCCUCGUUGGGUGACGACGUAUACCACGAACCUACAACUCUGGAAUUAGAGGCACACAUCGCCAAAAUAACCGGCAAAGAGGCUGGCCUCUUCAUGCCAUCCGGAACUGCCUCAAACCAAAUAGCGCUGCGUUCCCACCUCAAACAACCACCAUAUGCAGUUCUGUGUGACCACAGGGCUCAUAUAUACAAAUAUGAAGCAGGAGGUGCUGGCUUUCAUUCGGGUGCUGCAGUGACGCCUUUGAUUCCUAAGAAUGGCCAUCAUAUCACCCUCGACGAAGUCAAAGCCGGCAUGAUCUACGGACCCGAUGUUCACUUUGCUCCCACCGAAGUUGUCGCGCUCGAAAACACUCUCAACGGAACAAUCUUUCCUCAGGAAGAGGUUAUUGCUAUCUCUAAUUUUGUGCAUUCCAAGGGCGUGAAAAUGCACUUGGAUGGCGCCAGGAUCUGGCAUGUUGCUGCAGAAACUGGGACCUCACUCGAAGAGCUCUCUCGUCCGUUCGACUCAGUAAGCCUGUGUUUCAGCAAGGGCCUAGGUGCACCCAUCGGAUCUUGUCUUGUUGGGACCAGGGAAUUCAUUUCGAGGGCACGCCGACUUCGUAAACUAUUUGGUGGUGGCAUGCGUCAGACAGGUAUUCUUGCGGGGUCAGCCGCAUAUGCUUUGACCCAGAACUUCCCACUCCUUCCGCGUGUCCAUGCUCUAACACGGAAGCUAGAGAAGGGUCUCGAAGAAAUCGGUGUAGGCAUCACUAGUCGAGCAGAAACGUGCAUGGUAUUCUACGACGCUUACAGUAUCGGGACGGACUACGACGAAAUCGCGGAGAGAGCGAGUAAACUUUCUGACCCCUUACAUCUUGGAGGGUCCCGACUGGUGGUUCACAUUCAAACGUCUGAGCAAGCGGUUGACGAUUUUCUUGCGCUUAUCGCGGAGAUUGCUAAGGAGAAGAAAGACGCUGGAUUUGUGAAACCUACUACUCAGGCAAACGGUCUCGUGAGGGACGUGUAUGUGAGACGAUCCAAUUAAGAGUUGUUAUUCUACAUAGGAAUCAAAACGAUACAG